CGGCGGCCGCAGCGAGGCCGUGCCCGGCGCAGCGCAGCGGAGCGGGGCGCGCCGCCCCCGCCGCCCCCGCCGCACAUGGGCCGCAGCUGAUCCGCGCCCGGCUCCCGGCCGCGCCCCGGGCACCAGCGAGGCGGGCGGAGCGACCCUGCCGGCGUCCACCCCCCCCUCCCCCGCCGCUCCCUCCCCGCUCCGCGGCCCCGGAGCCCUCGGCGGCCUCCGCCGGGGGUGACGGCGGCGGCGGCGGCGGACUCGGGGCGCCCUCGCCCCUGCGGGCCCGGCGGGGGGAGGAUGCCUGGGGCGGGGAUGGGUUUUCGCCCGUAGCUCCCCGUGCCCCCCCGCUUCCUUCCGCCCCCUCUCGCCUCCCAGCGGGGGCGGCGCGGCCCCGAUCCCCGCGGGGGGCUGUCGCUCGGCUCCCUCCGGCCCGGCGGCGCCCACAUGGGGGGCAAGCAGAGCACGGCGACCCGUUCGCGGGGCCCCUUCCCGGGGGUGUCGACGGAUGACAGCGCCGUGCCGCCGCCGGGAGGAGGGGGGGGGGCCCCCCCCUUCGGCCAUUACCGGGCGGGCGGCGGCGGCGGCGCGAUGGGGCUGCGCAGCCGCUCCGUCAGCUCGGUGGCCGGGAUGGGCAUGGACCCCGCGGCGGCCGGCGCCGUCCCCUUCGGGCUGUACGCGGCAGCGGCACGGGCGGCGGGGGAGGCCGAGCGGGCCCCGGGCGGCGGCGGCGGCGGUCCCGGCUCCGACUCCACGUACGCCCAUGGCAACGGUUUCCAGGAGACGGGAGGCGGUCACCAUAGAGACGGGAUGCUGUACCUGGGCGCCAGGGCCUCGCUGGCCGACGCGCUGCCCCUUCACAUCGCACCGCGGUGGUUCAGCUCGCACAGCGGUUUCAAGUGCCCCAUUUGCUCCAAAUCCGUGGCUUCUGACGAGAUGGAAAUGCACUUUAUCAUGUGUCUGAGCAAACCUCGCCUCUCCUACAACGAUGACGUGCUGACCAAGGACGCCGGCGAGUGCGUGAUCUGUCUGGAGGAGCUGCUGCAGGGGGACACGAUAGCCAGGCUGCCCUGCCUCUGCAUUUAUCACAAAAGCUGUAUAGACUCAUGGUUUGAAGUGAACAGAUCUUGCCCAGAGCAUCCUUCUGAUUGACCCGCCGAGCGUGCUUGCUGACUUCUCUCUAAGACUUAAAACAAAAAGAAACAUCCAGGAGACGACAGUGUGAGAAAAGCGGAGCGACCUGCUCUCCCCUCCACAGCCGCUGGUCACCAGGAGAGCUCUGCCUGCCAGGGAGGCCCCGGGGACGCCCUCGGCCGAAACCCUGCCAUGAUGUUUGGCUUUUCUCCCCGAAGCGAAAGGGGAAAGCUGCCGGGGGACAGCCGGCCAAACGGAGCACGCGGCAUUUCUCACCGGCAACCCCCCACCUCCCACCCGGACUCUCCCGGGGGCUCUGCUCGGUUUUUUUGCACUGACUAAACGGGAAAUUCCUCCUCUCUCCCAUCUCCCUUUUGGAGAUCUCCACCCCGGCCCCGGCAGCGUUGAGAUGGGGACUCUGCCCCACGCCGGGAGCGGGGCCACUGCUCCCCCCUGCUGAGUCGCAGGGGUCCGUCUUUCAAGUGUUUACAAUGAGAAAAAAAAAAAAAGGAAAAAAAGGAAAAAAAAGAAGAAAAAAAGAGAAAACGGACAAAAAAAAAAACCAAACAACAAA